UGAAAUUACCCUUUUAACUAACGUACCCUCCUUGAUUUUGUGUAUAUAUAGUUUCCUCCAAUACCUCAUCCUUUCUUGUUUUUGUGUCUCAUUCUACUUCUUCUCUCAUACUUGUUUCUUCAGCUCCUCUUUCUUCUUCAAAUAGCAUUACUUUUUUCUUCAUGAUGCCAAGUGUUAAGCCUGAUGUAUCUGAGAGAGACUCAGAGCCAUUUGUUGAAAUUGAUCCAACAAGAAGAUAUGGCAGAUACAAUGAACUGCUAGGAUGUGGUGCUGUGAAAAAGGUGUACAGGGCAUUUGAUCAGGAAGAGGGGAUAGAGGUGGCAUGGAACCAAGUGAAACUGAGGAACUUCAGUGAUGAUCCUGCAAUGGUGGAAAGGCUUUACUCUGAGGUGAGGUUGCUCAGAAGCUUGACCAACAAAAACAUCAUCUCCCUUUACAGCGUUUGGAGGGAUGAGAAGCACAACACUUUGAACUUCAUCACUGAGGUCUGCACAAGUGGGAAUCUGAGGGAGUACAGAAAGAAACACAGGCAUGUGUCCAUGAGAGCCUUGAAAAAGUGGUCCAAGCAGAUUUUGGAAGGGUUGAAUUACUUGCAUGUUCAUGACCCUUGUAUCAUCCACAGAGACCUCAACUGCAGCAAUGUCUUUGUCAAUGGGAACACUGGCCAGGUUAAGAUUGGUGACUUGGGUUUGGCAGCAAUUGUGGGGAAGAGCCACUCUGCACAUUCAGUUCUUGGGACACCAGAAUUCAUGGCACCUGAGUUGUAUGAUGAAGACUACACUGAAAUGGUUGACAUAUACUCAUUUGGAAUGUGUGUGUUAGAGAUGGUAACACUAGAGAUUCCUUACAGCGAAUGUGACAAUGUUGCUAAGAUAUACAAGAAGGUGUCAUCAGGUGUGAGACCUCAAGCCCUGAGCAAGAUCCAAGAUCCUGAAGUGAAGGCCUUCAUUGAGAGGUGUCUUGCUCAGCCAAGGGCUAGACCUUCUGCAGCAGAGUUGCUCAAGGACCCCUUCUUUGAUUUGCUUGAUUAUGAUGAAGAUGAUGACUCUAAUACUUCAUGACCAAAAUUGUCUCCUCUGUAGUUUACAAGAUAACAUAUUGAUGUGCUCUUUUCCUUUUAUGAAAUAUGAUUUAUCCUUUUUUGAGUUGAUAAGUCAAUUGGGGGUAGGCUUGAUGACUGACCAGUUCUAAACAGGGUGUUGAAUUGGAGAUAUUGUCAUUUUGUACAUUGAAAUAUUAUGAAAUCUUCAAUAUUUAUCGGUAAA